ACCGCGAGCCGGGCAGUCAGACGGUGGUUGGCGGCCGGAGAGAGUGGACGUGUGGGUACGGCCGCUCCGUCGCUAAGUCACUCGGUCACACGCUCGCGCGCUGCUAGAGUGCCGUCGCUCGCCUGCCAUCGCUACAAUGGUGUCUUUUAACAUCGCUACAUCUUAGAAAAGACUUACGCUAUCGAGAUAUAUUGGUGUCAAGGUCUGUGAAAAAACUUCUCCGAUGAUAUAAUACAAGAAGUUAUAUUGUGUAUUAUAUUGUUUACCUGUGAGUGAAGAAGUAUUUGAGCACAGCCUGAUCUUGGUAACAAUUUUCAAAGGCGACUCACUUGGAACUGAGGCUACUACAACAACAAUCAGCGAACCUGUUGAUUCCUUUGUACUGUGUGUCACCCUGCGGUCUUGUCGGGCAGUGCUAUAGCGAACCUGAAUAGUGUGUAGUGUAGUGAAGGAACUCGUGCAUCCAUCUACACAGCAACUGCACCGCGGCUCGCUCAGGACCUUGCCGCUCCGACCGGAGACCCUCGGGUAAGGUAAAUGUAAAACAAAAGGGACAGUGUACUUCACAAGGUGGAUCCUCAUUACAUGUUAAAAUAUUCCGGGAACUUAACUCAUCCCGUCAACAUAUUCUCAAGACCUUGGUGGCCUGAAGUCAGCAGGGCCGCCCCAGUACCCCCCUCGGAGCCCCACGCCGUCGAGAUGGUUCAUCAGGUGCAGGUACAGGAACGCUCCCCGCGGAAGAGGGAUCGACGCACCGCGGGGCUCAUGUUGACUCCAGGAGGUGGGCCAGACCUGCCAGGCAUGAGGGGUACAGACUUCAAAGGGGAGCUUCACCCGCCCCCGACAAAAAUAUCCCGCCUAGGCAUGUAUGAGACUUACCAGCCUUGGGUCCUGCAAACGUACGGGGACUCUGCUAAGACGAAGACAAUCACGCGCAACAAAUACCAGCGCAUCUUGCAGAUCCUACGCGGAGAUUACGUUGAUAACGAGACCUCCAAGUUCAAGCUGUGGGUGAAGGGCAGAGGCUUUCGCAUCGGUCCCCCGCCAGGUUAUCUCAAUGGAGGCGUGGAGGAUCCCAUCAUCACUCAGCUCACGCCGCCCCCGCCCCUCGACUAUAACCCAGACAAGGAUCCCUAUCCUGACAUCUACGUCCAGACCGGCACUGUCAAGGAUCCGGAGGGACACGAUAGGAUUUGCUUCAAGAAGGUGGCGGUGGUGGAGGACUUCUUCGACAUCAUCUACAAUCUACACGUGUGCAAGGAUGGCAAGGAGCAGAAACACAUGGGCCAGAAAAGGACCUAUCGAGCUGUGUCGGAGCGGUACGCCUUCGUGCCGCGAGAAGCAGUCACCAAAUUCCUGGUCUUAUGCACGGAGUGUCCUCGCCGUUCAGUGGGCGUGCACGUGAGCCUUGGUGUGCCUCUAGCCGUGGCCAACCUGCCCGUGCCGCCACCUGCGCUGCCAGUCCCCACCCUCCCGCCACCGCCGCCUCCUCCCCCCAUCAGUCGUCAUCUGGAGGAGCAGCCAACGUCGGAGGAGCAACAACAGUCCUGCUACGCCUCGCCAGUACACCUCCACCAGCACCACCAGUACCUCCAUACACGCCAGCACUCACAACCACAGUCACCACACCCACUACCACAAUCACCACACCCUCCACCUCCGCAGUCUCCUCACCCACCACCCCCGCCGCAUUCACCACACCUCCACCUGUCGCAGAAACACCACCAGCAGCACCAGCAACUGCAGCAGCACUUUCAGGAGUCGAAGAAGUCACAGAAGCAGCAGGAGGCGGCAGAGAGGCAGCACCAGCAGGAGCAGGAGGAGGUCAGCAGGCGGCAGGAGGAGGCGAAGGAGGAGGAUAAUGAUAACGUAGAGCUGAAGGUGGAUGGGGAUGACGAGGAAGUUGCGGAUGUGGGUGAGUGGAUGUACGCUAAGAGGGUGAGCGCCGUGAGUUCUGAGGUGGAUUACAGGUUGCCCAUCACCAGCAUCUACCUGAAGCACUGCACCAAUACCUUCGCCGCCGCCUACAACAACCACUUCAACACCCACUACAUUAACAACAACAACAACUACUACAACAACUACAACUACUACCAGUGGAAGGACGGCGCGGUGAUGGCGGAGAGUGACGGCAGCGAGGAUGAACUGAAGACUGCUGAGGUGGAGCGCAAGGUGGACACGAGGAGUCGCACGGAGUGGACACCCUUCCAACAGCAGCCUCUUGGCCUCACCCGAGCUGACCCCACCCGCAGAAGCCCAUGUCCUUCACCAUCUGGAAGUGAGCGGGCAGCCACGGCCACACCCCUGGACACAGCCAGCAAUGCUGAGGACACCUCCAGCAACGGUAACAAGGAUGAUGAGGAUGAUGAUGCCGAUGAUGACAACGAUGAUGAUAAGAUUGACGCUCAGUAUGACCCAGAACGGCUUAAGGCUUUCAAUAUGUUUGUGCGUCUGUUUGUUGACGAGAACCUUGACCGCAUGGUCCCCAUCAGCAAACAGCCUAAAGAAAAGAUUCAAGCCAUCAUUGACGCUUGUGCUAGACAAUUCCCAGAGUUUGCCGAGCGCACCCGGAAGAGAAUCCGUACUUACCUCAAAAGCUGCAGGAGGAACAAGAGGACCCGAGAUUCUAAUGGGUGGGAAACACCAUCUCGCCCAACACCACCUCACCUCACCAGCAUUCAAGCUGAGCAAAUUCUAGCAACUGCUUGUGAAAAUGAGGCUCAAAAUGCCAAAAGAAUGAGGCUUGGUUUGGAACCCAUUGCCCAACCAAACCCACUCAACCCUCAACCUCCCUCACAAGUUGGUUCAGACAAGCCUUUGUCCCUGGUUGAUGCUGUAAUCAAGACUGAGUCCAAUGCCCCCCAUGUUUCUGCCCUAGCCAAAGCCUUAGAGCGGCCACUCGCUGAUUCUAAAGUUAUGAAUGGCUCCUCCAUGUACCAAGCAUCAUUCCAACAGAGCUUUCAGAAGGUGACCACAUUAACAGGGUCCACUGUACACACCCAGCCAGGCCUCACUCCUCUCCUGGCCACUACCUCUGCACCAAUGAUAGCCAAUGGACCAACAGACCUGAGUGUCAAGGGGACCUCCAAGCCCACUCGACCCUCACUCAAUGCUGUGGAGGUGGCAGCUGUCCGGCAGCUUAUUACUGGAUAUCGAGAAUCUGCUGCCUUCCUAUUGAGGUCAGCUGAUGAGCUGGAAAAUUUACUAAUUCACCAGCAGAGUCCGUAGUGUAUAACUGAAGUAAAUGUAUAAAUGUGAAGUUUACACUGUGUGCAUACAUUGGAUGGUGUAUAUGUGACAUUGCUGGUGUUAAUGGUUGUCUUAAUGCUGCUCACUUUUAAGAUGUAUAUGGUACAAUUUCAGUGUUUUAUGAAAUAUAGCUGUAGUGAAUAUAUUUAUUUACAGAUCUAAACCUAUUCUUUUUGUUUUUGUUACUCCAGUUAGUAAGAAAAGAGCAUGAAUGUGAAAAUAUUGGUGCUGUCCUUCAUGUCCAGUCACUGCAUAAGUGAAAAAUGCUGAUAUUUUUUUUUUUCUGCUUUGAAUUUUGUACUGUAAAUGUUGAAUAUUUAUUUUCCUUAUGAUAUGGAAAAUCCCAAUACUUAAAACUUCUUUAUAGAAAAUUUUCUAGUUUACUAUGGAAGUGCCUCUUCACCAUAGAACAGUUUUCUUCAGGGGAGGUGCUCAGGUAACAGUGUACAUUUGUCUCAUGAGUAGGUGAUGUCAUAAGCUGGCUAAUAGAUUGUGCUAUCUUCUCAUUAAGCUGUUGUUAAUUUACUGUACACUUAUCUGUACAUAGGAAAGGAUGUAUUCUUUUUGCAGCACCAACCUUUGAUAGUGUUCCUGCACCAUCUCUGCACCAAGGGAUAGUUGCAGUACACAUUUAGAGUGAUAUUUUCUGCUGCCUAUUUUACAUUCUUUUGUACAGAGUGUUUCUAGCCUGUGUAGGAAGGAUAUUCUAGCAGAGUACUAGUAAAAGCAAAACAGACUAUGGCUGAUGCUGUUUUGUAGUCUGGCAGCCGUGACAUCACCUGCCAUAACUCAAACAAUGCAGAAAGACAGUGAAUAUUCUUUCUGCAUCAGGGGUAUUAUUGACCUUUGUUAUUGUUAAUUUUCCUUUCAAUAGUGGGCAGUGAAAAAAUAAUGCUCUAAAUGCACACUGCAUGGAGAAAAUGUAGAAUGAUAACAAAGGUUCCUGCUUCAGAAGACUAUUCACUGCCUUUAUAUAAAUAAAACAAGUAAGUGUUACUGCAAGCACAGAGAAAAACACUUGCCACCUCAUUCAUGUCAUUGGACCUGAAUGUGUCUCCUGAAAAAAACUCCACAUGUACAUUGUAGUGGGAUUUUGCCUAGAUGACAGAAAGCAAUGGUAAGGAUAGUAAAUAGAGGAUUUCAUAAUACUGUGUAGCUUUUCUGAUAUUGUGGGGUAAUACAAAACAAAUAAAGUUAACCCCCAUGUGUUAUAUACAUAAAGUAAAUCAGUGGCAAGAAGAGCUUAUCAUGUACUGUACUUCAAUCAAGCCUGCUGCUUCACCUUCCUUGGUCAUGUGUAGGAACAAUGGUCAUUUCGUUAGGAAGUAAUUCUGAUACUAAGUUUUUUUUUAUUUUUCAUCAUAACCUUCUUUGAUUUAUCAAAAAUAAUGGAAAUUGUAUUUUGAUUUCAUAAUAUUUAUAUUUUAGGUAACAGCUCAAACAAAACUCAGAAAAGUUAUAUACUUUUUUUUUUCCCUCCAUGUAUUAUAUGGAAGAUUACUUUCCAGUUUUAUGUUGAUAAUUAUUGUCUAUAUUAUUAAUGUAUAUGUAUAGUUGUAUAUAGGUAGAGCCAAUUAAAUUAUUGGAAAUAUAUUAUGUCCAGUGUAGGGUGUGUAUGUAUGCCAUAGACUGUUGUGAAAUGUUAUGGAGAUUUGGGCAUCCACCAUUGUCAAGUUUGUUCUCCAGGAAAUUGCUCCUAGUUAAAAUGUAGGAAAUUUUGAGGGCCUUCAUAGUUUGGUUUUAUAAAAAAGAAAUUUAUUUGGUCUGGUUUCAUUGUAAUACAUUAUAUUGAUUUGCACUUGCUAACUCCAGCAUAUCAGCAGCAAAUCAUGUUUAACAUUUGACUGAUGAGUUUCUUGUAUGAAAGGUUUUCAGAAUACAAAAUAUCAGCAUCGGAGGGUAGCUCUCUGAAAUAUAAAGUGAAUAGGUAUUCAAAAUAUAUGCUAUUUAUUUUAAAAUUUUCUUCUUGAUUACUAAUUGUGACUGUUUGAUGUGGAGGUUUGUGCAAUCUGUGUUUUCCUUAUAUACUAUCUGAUUGUAUAUUUUUUGUAUGGGAAAAAGAAACAUUCAUGUCCUGGAUAAGAAUUUGUAACAUACUGUUUUUAUUUAUUGUUAAGUAGUUAUACAGAAACAUAUUGUGUAUACAGUAGGCAUUAUUCACUAAUGCAUUUAUAAGAAUGAUUCAGUACUUCUUCAGGUUAAUGAAAACCUCUUGUUUUCUAGUCAUGGUAUACUCCUCAUAAAUUGUAUUUCACACUGAGAGAUGUACCUUUCAUUGUAAAGAUGUACAUACAAACAUGCAUGUGUAAUUCCAUUAUACAUCAAAGUUAUAUGUACAUAUUAUUUUUCUUAUCAACUCAUUUUGACAAUCAUUGGCUUAAAUAGUAGUGUAUGGGAAAAGUUAGACCUCUCAUAUUUUUUAAAAGUCUGAAUGCACUACUAGAAAAUUAAUGAAAACUAUUCACUUGGGGGAUUUUCAUUAACAGUGCAAUGCAAUUAUUAUUAUCCAACACCCACAGUUCAGUGUUAUGUUUAAAGGGUAUAUACAGGCUUCAGAUGUUAACUUUGGGAGUCUUUUCAUGUGUUGAUAGUGAACUCCAAUAUACCAAAGAGAAGAGAUAUGUUUGAUCUCAUACAUUUAUGAUAGUUAUUUUUUCUACUGUUGUUUUGGACAGUGGUGUAUUAAUUUAUUUGUGUUAUUUUGAAAAUAUAUGGAGUAUAGAAAUAUAUAUUAUUUGGAUA